AUGACCGAGCCCCUUCUUUCCACCGCCACGGCCGACACCCACCCUUCUGAGGCGCCUGACGUUCCGCAAGAUCCUGAUCAGGAUGAGACCACGGUUGUUGCUAAUCCUACGAAGCAACGGCCAACUUGCGAACUAUGCGGAGAAUACUUCACUCGUAACUCAGGACUUUACCGGCACUGGGUAUAUCACCUGAACAAACCUCCAACCGAUGCGGCUGGGGUAAAGUGGCUUGCGCGUGCACCGCAAGGCGCCAAAAGGUUUUACUGCCGAAGAUGCCCACGGUACUACGGCCGCAAAAACAUGUUUGAGAACCACAUCAACAAACACCAGAAGUCUGAUCAGCAGUGCAAGGGCAAGAAGGCCCAUGUGAUGCCUAUGUACACCGAAGGCGCUAUUUCCAGUCCAACAAUGCCUAGCCCUGGGGAUGUUGAACGGGCACUCUCAAAUAAGAUGGGAGACGCCCUCGAGUUGGUAUCAGAUACCGCUACUCAGGCUGCGGCAAUCCUUCACUCAUGGCAGUUUCUGAAUCCAAGUGAGCUCAUGCUCAUUAUCCAUUUCUUUGGCAAUUCAUUACUUACCUCCACAUAG